AUGAGCGACCGCACGAACGAGUCUUAUUCCUCCUCUUCUUCAAGUGACAUGAUUGAUGGUGUCGAUGGCUCCAUCUACGUAACCCACGAUACAACGUACACAUACGAUGCCGAUACAACCAUCAAGUAUGGGGUCCGAGGGGCUAAACGCCUCAGUACGAAAAAGGAGACGACAACCGACAUGAGUAUUCAAGAAUACGAAUCCCCUAGUGGCGAGGGAAUCAAGAGAACCAACUUUGAGAACGGCCGUGGCCGCACGAUUUAUAACCCCAACACAGGAGCAUACGAUGAGAUAUUAGAUUAUAGCACGGACGAUGGAGAUUAUCACCAUCGCGAGAAGCUUAGCACCGACGGGGUUCUAUCAGCUGCGAGAUAUCGAUUUGCAUAA